GAAGCAAAACGGAAGUAGAUGUGCGUCCGCUUCCGGGCCCAGACGCCAUUUCCAGCGGUUGUGGCUUCUCACUGGGGAGUAGUUUUCCCGGACAAUGAGCUAUGAUUACCAUCAGAACUGGAGCCGCGAUGGCGGUUCUCGCAGCUCUAGUGGUGGGUGUGGAGGGGGCCACGGAGGGAGUCGAGGCUCUGGAGGCGGCGGCGGAGGUGGUCGAGGCGGACGGGGUCGGCAUCCGGGGCACUUGAAAGGCCGCGAUAUUGGCUUGUGGUACGCGAAAAAACAGACACAGAAAAACAAGGAUGCGGAGAGGCAGGAGAGAGCAGUAGUACACAUGGAUGAACGACGAGAAGAGCAAAUUGUGCAGCUGCUGAAUUCUGUCCAAACUAAAAAUGAUAAAGAUUCAGAAGCACAAAUAUCUUGGUUUGCUCCAGAGGAUCAUGGAUAUGGGACUGAAGUUUCCGCUGAUAAUAAAUCAACCACAGGAAAGAAACUUGACAACCAGGAAAAAAAAUUGAUAAACCAAGAUAAAAAGACAUUAAGAUUCAGGGACAGAUCAUAUGUUGACCGAGAUUCUGAAUAUCUUUUGCAAGAAAAUGAACCAGAUGUAACCUUAGACCAACAAUUAUUGGAAGAUUUACAGAAGAAAAAAUCUGAUCUUCGGUAUAUUGAAAUGCAGUGUUUCAGGGAAAAGCUUCCUUCUUAUGGAAUGCAAAAGGAGUUGGUAGAUUUAAUUGAUAAACACCAGGUAACAGUAAUAAGUGGUGAAACUGGUUGUGGAAAGACCACUCAAGUUACGCAGUUCAUUUUGGAUAACUACAUUGAAAGAGGAAAAGGAUCCGCAUGCAGAAUAGUUUGUACUCAGCCAAGAAGAAUCAGUGCCAUUUCAGUUGCAGAGAGAGUGGCUUCGGAAAGAGCAGAAUCUUGUGGCAAUGGUAAUAGUACCGGGUACCAGAUUCGUCUCCAAAGUCGAUUGCCAAGGAAACAGGGCUCUAUCUUGUACUGUACGACAGGAAUCAUCCUUCAGUGGCUCCAGUCAGACCCGCAUUUGUCCAGUGUUAGUCACAUUGUACUAGAUGAAAUCCAUGAAAGAAAUCUUCAGUCAGAUGUUUUGAUGACUGUUAUUAAAGAUCUUCUCAAUUCCCGCUCUGACCUGAAAGUAAUAUUGAUGAGUGCAACACUGAAUGCUGAGAAAUUUUCAGAAUACUUUGGUAACUGUCCAAUGAUACAUAUACCUGGUUUUACUUUUCCGGUUGUGGAAUAUCUUUUGGAAGAUAUAAUUGAAAAAAUAAGAUACAUUCCAGAGCAAAAAGAACACAGAUCCCAAUUUAAGAGGGGUUUCAUGCAAGGGCAUGUAAAUAGACCGGAAAAAGAAGAAAAAGAAGCAAUCUAUAAAGAACGCUGGCCAGAUUAUGUGAGGGAACUGCGAAGAAGGUACUCUGCAACUACUGUAGAUGUUUUGGAAAUGAUGGAUGAUGAUAAAGUUGAUCUAAAUUUGAUUGCUGCCUUAAUUCGGUACAUUGUUUUGGAAGAAGAGGAGGGUGCAAUACUGGUCUUCCUGCCAGGCUGGGAUAAUAUCAGUACUUUACAUGAUCUUUUGAUGUCACAAGUGAUGUUUAAAUCAGAUAAAUUUAUCAUUAUACCAUUACAUUCACUGAUGCCUACCGUAAAUCAGACACAGGUAUUUAAAAGAACUCCUCCUGGUGUUCGGAAGAUAGUAAUUGCCACCAACAUCGCAGAGACUAGCAUUACCAUAGAUGAUGUAGUUUUUGUGAUAGAUGGAGGAAAAAUUAAAGAGACACACUUUGAUACUCAGAACAACAUCAGUACAAUGUCUGCUGAGUGGGUUAGCAAAGCCAAUGCCAAGCAGAGGAAAGGCCGAGCUGGAAGAGUUCAACCUGGUCAUUGCUAUCAUCUGUAUAAUGGUCUUAGAGCAAGUCUUCUAGAUGACUAUCAACUACCAGAAAUUUUGAGAACUCCUUUGGAAGAACUUUGUUUGCAAAUAAAGAUUCUAAGGCUGGGUGGAAUUGCUUAUUUUCUGAGUAGGUUAAUGGAUCCACCGUCAAAUGAGGCUGUGUUGCUCUCCAUAAGACAUCUGAUGGAACUGAAUGCUUUGGAUAAACAGGAAGAGUUGACACCUCUUGGAGUCCACUUGGCACGACUGCCAGUUGAGCCACACAUUGGGAAAAUGAUUCUUUUUGGAGCUCUUUUCUGCUGCUUAGACCCAGUACUCACCAUCGCUGCAAGCCUCAGCUUCAAAGACCCUUUUGUCAUUCCACUGGGAAAAGAAAAGAUUGCAGAUGCAAGAAGAAAGGAAUUAGCAAAGGAAACGAGAAGUGAUCACCUGACAGUUGUGAAUGCGUUUGAGGGAUGGGAGGAAGCUAAGCGACGCGGUUUCAGAUGUGAGAAAGACUAUUGCUGGGAAUAUUUUCUGUCUUCAAACACACUGCAGAUGCUGCAUAACAUGAAAGGGCAGUUUGCUGAGCAUCUUCUUGCAGCUGGAUUUGUAAGCAGUAGAAACCCUAAAGAUCCAAAAGCUAAUAUAAACUCAGAUAAUGAGAAGAUAAUUAAAGCUGUCAUCUGUGCUGGUUUAUAUCCCAAAGUUGCUAAAAUCCGACUAAAUUUGGGUAAAAAAAGAAAAAUGGUGAAAGUUCACACAAAAACGGACGGCCUGGUUUCUAUUCAUCCUAAAUCUGUUAAUGUGGAGCAAACAGACUUCCAUUACAACUGGCUCAUCUACCAUUUAAAGAUGAGAACAAGCAGUAUAUACUUGUAUGACUGCACGGAAGUUUCCCCAUAUUGUCUCUUGUUCUUUGGAGGUGAUAUUUCCAUCCAGAAGGAUAAUGAUCAGGAGACUAUUGCUGUAGAUGAAUGGAUUAUAUUUCAGUCUCCAGCAAGAAUUGCCCAUCUUGUUAAGGACUUAAGAAAGGAACUGGAUACGCUUCUUCAAGAGAAGAUCGAAAGUCCUCAUCCUGUAGACUGGAAAGACACUAAGUCCAGAGACUGUGCGGUACUGUCAGCUAUUAUAGACUUGAUCAAAACACAGGAAAAGGCAACUCCCAGGAAUUUCCCACCACGAGUCCAGGAUGGCUAUUACAGCUGACAACUCUUCUGUGAUGGUCUGAGAAGCCAGUUUGUCAGCCAUUUUUCCCAUUGCUUAAGUUUUGGCUAAAUGCCAAACCUGGAGACAUAAUUUUCCAGUGUAAGGUAGAAACCUGUAGUAGGUAGUGAAGAUUUCAUGUGCAUGGCUUCACGGUGUCGUCUGUAGCUACUGUAAAUGUACUGUAAAAAGCACUGUGUCCUCUGAUCACAGCCUCUGUUGUGGUCAUGUCCAUACUUUGCGAGCAUUUCCCUUGUAUGUAUUGAGUAUUGAUUGCACCACUGAAGAAUUCCUUUGUUCCAUUAUAUGAAAUUAAUUUUCCGCCCAUGAUCAUUAAGUAUAGAAUCAGUAAAAACAAAAUGGUUAGCCGGAAAGUGUCAGGUUAAGAAUUAUAAGGCAACCAUGUUUUUUUUAUAAGAAAGUUUUAUCAGAAGUAAGUUGUAAUAAAGCCCAGUAUUUAAUAAAAUGUACAGUGUGUAAAUCUCUGCUGAUUUCACGCUUGGUUUCUAUGUCUUCACCUAUCUCUUUACUUGAGGUUUUUACUGUUUAGUAGAUACACAGCCCUUUUCAUUGCCCUUUGCAGCACGGAGUAGCAACUGAGAACACGAGUCUGGAGUUGAUUACCUAGGGUCAAGGCUCCACUCAGUCACGUUCUAAAUGUCGUGGGCAAGUACUUAGCCUUUCUGUUCUUUUUUCCUUAAUCUAAAGUACAGAUAAAAAUUCGGGGGAUUAAAUACGUUAAUACAUGUAAAGUACAUAGACUAACGCCUGAUGCUAAAUUUCACGAAUCUUAGUUAUUAUUUGUUUCUGAAAUUUUUUUAAAUGUAGAAUAAUCUGUUACAUUAUUUUGUUCAGUCCCUUACCUUCUUAGCCAGCAGAAUCUAGUGUGACUUGUACUGUGCAUUUGCAGCCCUGUCAAACUGGGACAAAUACUAUUGGUUGCAGCCAUUUUAUCGCUUCCUUAUUGCUUGUUUCAAGUAUCUCUGCACAGCUGUUAGGAGCCAAUGAUGUGGUCUUUGUCCCCUUAAAAAGUAAUUAGAGAGGUGUGAGUACGAGUGAAUCUGUCUUGCCAGUGGCAGGUGAGGAGCACUCUACAAGGGGAUGUCUGAGAAGGAUUUUUCUUAGUUAUAAACUUCAUGGAGGAAACUGCCCUCUUUGGACAGUGCCUCGUCUGAAUCUGGUAAUUUGGCCUUUCUGUAACCACUUGUGGUCACAAGAAAACGAACAACCGUAUCUUGAGGAUGGCUCAGUAAGAAGGUGGAACUGUCCAGAGUCCUUGAUAAUGCUGGAGAACUGCAGAAUUAACCAGCUCUCCAGUUGCCGUACAUGUGGACGUCAAUGUGUCCUUCAUUGUGUAAGCCACUUUCAAAGGGUAUGUUUAAUAUAGCAGAGAUGAUACUAACCAAGCCGUCCUACCCAUCAAGCGUUUGCUCAAGCCGCUUUCUUGCAUUUAUUACGCUGUAUAACAGUUUGGAUCCUUAAUGUCUAAAGGUGUGAAAAUAGUACUACUGGAUAUAUUACAAAAGGAAACAGGAAUUGCACCCUGCUGUACCCUAAGGAAUGCAGAUUUUAUUUUGCCUUCCAGUAAAUGCAAGGAAAUAAAAGGAAUUGGAGCAUCAUACAAUGAUGGACAGGUAUUGAUAAUGCAACACGGAUCUGUUCACAGCACUGGUUCUGCUACUGUUUCCAUUUCAGAAACGUAUGCCACCUACCGCUGCCUGCGAAGGGGGUAAAGGUGCUCUGUGUCCUGUGCCUGCUGGUCUUCCAAAGUGGUUUCUCUGAAUUCCCUCGAGGCAUGUCACAACACUGCAGCAUGUUAGUUCUGCUCCUAAAGUCAAGGUGAUCAUCAGGCCCUGUUUGCUUUAUAACAAUAUUUAGGUUUGUGCUUUUUAUUAUCCAAUUUAAAUUCAUAGUCCUUUGACCUAAAUGGAAAAUUCUUUCUUGGAAGAAAGAAUUAAAAGAUUCUUCAGAAAAGAAAAAAAUAAGAUUACUUGAUUCUGUGUUUGCAAUGGGAACACAUGAAUGAGAGAAGUGUCCCUUAAGGAUUAGUAAGUGAGGCGUCCACAGAGAUCAGAUAGUCACUUCGAUUUUUCACUGCUGCACUGCUGAUCAGAAUGAAAAUUUUAAUUAAAGGUGCUAUUUGUUUCUUUUAUUUAUAAACUAGCAAUUGCUAAAUGGAGAACAUACUGUCAAGUCUAAACAGCAUUUGUUCUUUACUGUCUUAAAGUAAGACAUAAAAUUAAGAAAACCUUGCCUUGCCAUUCUGAUCAUUAUAGAGAAUAACUUGAAAAAAUGACUGACACAUUUGUGGAGGGAAAAGUGAAUAAUGUUUAAAAGCAUAAAGGAUGCGUGCAUAUGAUGCCUUCCUAACUCAUUUGAGCAAAAGCUCAGAAUAAGUUUAUUCCAGCUAAUUGCAGGUUACUCUGUAUUUUUGCUGCUUGUUAAAAACAAAGUCCACUCUAAAAGUUACUAAUUGUAGAAAACCUUUAAAGGGAAUUUAUUUUACUACCUUCUAACCCAGAAUAAAUUGUGGUAAAUUUCUUCCCAUCCUCGGCUCUGGGUUUAUAUUUAUUUGUAUGUAAGUGUGGUCAUAUUGUAUAUUCAUUGUAUUCAUAAUAAUGUGAAUUGUUUUUAAAUGACUUUAAAACAAUCUGUCUUUAAAACAGUACAUCUUCAUUGAGUAAUAUUUUGGAAAUUCAACAAAGUAAAUCAUGCUACCGUUGUUACAUUUUUAUAUAUUUUUGUGCUUUUUUAAGGUUUAAGAUAUUAUUUUAUACAUGAUGAAGUUAACCAAUUCAAAUGUAUAAUUUGAUGAAUUUUGUCAGCUGUAUAAAGUUAUGUAAUUAAUACCACCACAUUAUGCUUUUUAAUUUUUUAUUUAAAAUCUCUUUUCCCACUCAUAAACCCAAAACUUCUGUUUCCCUUUGCAGGCAAUUCCCUUUCCCCACUUCUGCCCCUUGACAACUUUUUUUUUUUUUUUUUGCUACCGGGAAUUGAACUCAAGACUGUGUUUGCCAGUCAGACACUUGUGCCACUGAGCUGUAUCCCGGCCCCCUUGACAACUCUUGAUCUGCUUUUUGUUACUCGUUUUCCCUUUUCUAGACCUUUACAUGGAAUCAUACUCAGUUUUUAUGGCUAACAUUUUCCACUUAAAUCUUUUGAGAUAACUCAUGUUAUUGCAUAUACUAGUAAUUCUUUUAAUUGUUUAGUAUUUCAUUAUGUUUUUACAUGUAUUCAUUCACCAAUUGGUGGAUAUUUGUCUUAUUUUCAGUUCUUUUGGUGUUACAAAUAAAGCUGCUGUGAACACGU